AUGCCUCCUAGACGUGUUAAUGUGAAAACUAGUGCUCAAGAGGAUGGUACAUCCUCUUCAUCUCUUGUACUGCCGCAUAAAGUGAACAUACCUGAUGAGGGUGUAGUCCCUUUGAUGGAGGUUAUGAUAGGAGUGUUUCAGCUGAUUGCUACUGCUAACCCUGCUCCUGCACCUGCCAAUCCUGCACCGUGGUUGAAGGGACUUGAAAGGAUCCUCAAGCAAAUGUCCUAUUCUGGCAAGGAAAAGCUGGGUUGUGCUGUGUCCUUACUCGACGGUGAGGCUCAUCGUUGGUGGAAUACGGUUAGGAGAGGUACUGUUACUGAUAAAUUGACUUGGAGUUACUUUCUUGAGGGUGAUAUAUAUGUGGUUGAUUAUGAGGUUGAGUUUGUGCAACUUAGUCAGUAUGCACCUGAGUUGCUUCUUUUUGAGAGGGACCGUUGUAAGAGGUUUCGUUUUGGGCUAAAUCGUGAGGUUCGAGUUUAUUUGGUAGCUCAGAAUGUGAAGAUGUUUGAUGAGUUGGUUGAGAGAGCUAAAGUAGUUAAGGAUACUUUAGUUGAGCUGCCUCAUUUUGUGGUUACUGAUUCUGGCAAGAGAACUUUUGAUGGUGCACCGAGACGACGUCUAAGAGAGGGUUCAGGUUUCGUAAACUUAAAGUUCGGAAUCACUUCUGCGCCUACUAGAGGCCUUGGUCGAGGUAAAGGUAAUGAGAGACCAGUUGGGCAGCAAAUUGUUGCUCAUACUAUUGCCACACCGAUUGAGUCUAGAGUUCCAACUCAAGUUUAUGCUAUCAGGGAGCCGGAGGAUCAGGAUCUGACUGAUGUUAUCGCAGGUACUUUCACUUUGCCGUCUUCUCUAUUAUUUUUCUUAAUUGAUUCUGGAUCGACGCAUUCGUGUAUUUUGAGUGAGUUGGCAUGUAAGUUAGCAAUCCUUGUUGAGACUAUUGGUUUGGGUAUGAUUAUCAUUGGUUCAUUCGGUGAUAGUGUGGUAGUGAAUAAAGUUUAUCGUAAAUGCCUUCUUAUGAUUCAACGACAUGUUUUCUUUGUUGAUCUUAUGGAAUUACUGUUUUAUGGAUUUGAUGUGAUACUUGGUAUGGAUUGGUUAACUGAGCAUAAGGCUAAGGCUAAGAAGUUGAUGGGAAAAGGUUGUGAGGCUUAG